UGAGCCUCAUCAGCCUCAUCAUCACAUCAGCAUCAUCAGCUGACCUCAAUCCAAUCCUCCUCCUCAUCAAUAUCUUGAAUUCCGAACGUUCUCUUUCUUAAAUCCGGAUGACUCGACAUGGUUUGUGAGAAGUGCGAAAAGAAAGGCAAGCUCUCCAAGGUCGUGACUCCGGAUCCGUGGAAAAGUGGGGCUUACAAGCACGCCGGCGGGAAAACACUGAAUGAGAACAAGCUGCUCACGGCCAAGAGGAAACGCUUCAAUCCCACCUCGGUGGAUUUCCCCAAGUGCAAAAUCUGCAAGAGUCGCGUUCAUCAAUUUGGGGCCCAUUAUUGUCAAGAGUGCGCUUACAAAAAGGCCAUUUGCGCCUUGUGCGGCGUGAAGCUCAUGAAAACCAAGAAUUACAAGCAAAGCUCAACGUAGGUAGUAGACCCCUCGAAACCGAUUGACCGAUUGACUUGCCACACUCACCAUGGCGUCCGUGUCCAAGACAGCCGUGUCCAGAAUCGUGGCCACGGCUCAACAGGAUGAAGAUACGCCCACCGAUCAGAAACGCUC